AAUCAAAAGCGGCUGUGCUUUUAAAAAUCAUCUUAUUAAAAUCUAAUAUAAAAAUAGUUGUUUUAAAGGUUUCGUAUUUAAUUUUCUUUGAUUACAGUUUUUUAAAUGUGAAAGUAUUUGUCACAACCAUUUCGCUUUUAAUUUUACUGUUUCUCCAUACGAUGACAGAGAAGUUGACGCUUACAUUUUUCCAUCGAUCAUUCUAACAGAAACACGUGUUGCGUGCGCAAAUACUUUAAUUUGGGUUUUAUAGUGAAGCUGCGCAAAAGGAGCUUACAUAGUUUGCAUUUGCAUUAGUGUGCCUGCCGCAUCGCCCGCUGCUUACGGAGGCUGUUUAAAAGGGACUUCCACAGAUUUUCUUUAUAUAAAAGACGACAUUUGCGAAAAGUCUACUCUGCAGUUUACACUAUGAGGGAGGAGUUGAUACCAUCAACUGAGCUGUCGUUAUUUGCCGAGCAAUUUCCGUUGGGAGAUGAGUCCUCUACAACGGAAAAUGUCGACGAUGAGUCCGUAGUAAUUUUGGAUAGUGAUGAACAGUUAAUUAAUUUAUUAUGUUCGUGGGAUUUGUCGUCAAAUGCAUUGAUACAGUUCAAUAGAUGUGGUUUAAAGAGUGUAGCAAUUUUGCAGAUGAUCCAUUCCCACGACAUUGACGAAAUUUUUAAUGCCAGAGAACUAAUUGCGGACAAAAUUAAGUUCCGGUACAACUUGCAAAAAUGGCGUUUAGAAAAUAAUUUCGAUAUGCUCACGUGCUGUAGUGGUGAUAGAACUAUAACAAACCUUUCAUCCAUUCGAAGCUGGCUGAGCUCUGCAAGCACACCUUCAACAUCCCCAAACAACGAACCCAACGUCGAAGAGGUUUUAAAAGAAACAGUAGCAGGUAACGACAUAAUAAAGAAGUACGAAAACUGUGGUUGCCUCCAAGAAAGUGACCAAUCUGCAAUAGUUCGCAUUAUUGUGGAUAAUGGCCCCGAUCACCAUGAAAACUGUUGCCGAACAGAUUGUCAAACUGUUUUCUAAAGAACAAGAAUCGGUGUAUUACGUACCCAGGGCAAACAAAAAAAAAAACGCAACUGGGAAAUUAUAUGAUAGAUACUUUAGCGUUUAACUAUAGAAAACAAUUAUUUGCUUAUGAUCCAUCUCACGUCAAAGGUUUAAGUAAUCCUUUAACGAAGGCUCAAAUUAAGACUAAUAAUAUUAAAAUGAACGCUUAUGAAAUGAAACUUUUUUUAAAUACUAUUUUGUUAAUGAAUGGGGACUUAAUAGAUGAAUUUGAUUCAGUAUAUAAAUUUUUAAUAACGUUUAUUAAAAUUGUUGAUAUUGUUAUGUAUGAGGAGUUCAGUGACGAUAUUUUGAAUGAGCUACGUGCUUUAAUUGUCGAUCACCAUACAUUUUAUACAACAGGCUUUAAAGAAAAAUUAAAACCAAAACACCACUUUAUGGUCCAUUAUGUCAAUUGUAUCAAAGAACUGGGCCCACUUAAAUUUUUAUGGUGUUUUAGAUUCGAAGGAAAACACGCUGAAUUCAAAAAAUACGCAAAUAAUAUAACAUCCCGAAAAAAUAUUCCCCUUACUUUAGCUACUAAGUACUGUUUCCAAUUCUGUUCUUAUUUAUUUGGAAAUAGUUUUUUCCAAAAUGAUCUUGUGGAUUGCAAAAAUUUUUCACCAAUAGAUCUUUCAAAGCUUGAAUUUUAUCAGAACUUAUGUACCAAAUUUACAAUCGGAAAUGAAGUUUUAAGUAUGAGAUACAAAGGGGUACUGUAUGAAAAGAAUUACUAUGUUAAAUCAAAGAAUACAGUACUGCUUAUUUUAAAAAUAUUUUUUGAUUUACAUAAUGAAAUUUUUUUGAUUUGUCAGGAAUGCAAAACUUCUUUUUCGGAAAAAUUUCAGUCUCACGAAGUUUUAGGUACCAAUAACGCAUAUUAUUUAAAAAAAAUCGAUCUCAAAUCAGUACCUUCAAAAUUGUAUACUUUAAAUGACGGCAAAAAAGUUGUACGAUUUUUUUGACAAAUAUACACAUUACCUUGUGAUCAAAACCAAGUGGAUGGUAAUAUUUUAUAUAUUUAAAAUAUAUUUUAUACCAAUUUACAUUAAAGCUUUAAACUUUGUGUAAUAUUUAUUAAAAUAAAAAUAUAUGUAUGUAUAUGUGUACAUACAUGCAUAGUAGUUGUCACUUUUGUAAA